AAGUUUAGGUGGGUUGGAUUUCGAAGGUUUAUAAUAGUUUCAAGGUUCAAAGAGUUUAGUUGAGUAGUGUUUUAGGAGGUCACCAGAGCCUCAAGGUUCAAAGAAUUUAGGUGAGUGGGGUUUCAGGAGCUCACAAGAGCCUCAAAGUUCAAAGAGUACUUAUAGAUUAUCUGCCAAGAGAUCCUUACGCCGGAAGUAGGAGUUAAACCAACAUUUUUGCGGGAGAUAUUGCAGUUGGAGUGGAGGAUCAUCAUCAUCAUCAAUUCAUCAUGGCUUUCAAUUAUACUACUCAGGAGCAAAAGAAAACUGUAGACCAAUCCAUGUUACUGUGCUGCAAGUUCUUUAUCUCGGAAGGACGUAACAUUGCUACUCUUGAUGCAAUUGAACGAGCUGCUAGGUCGAAUCUAGAAACUGUCAUUGUGAACAAAUUUCAUGAUAGAACUUACAACAGGGCAAGGUACAACCUCGUAUCGUAUGUUUUGCAUGACUGCACAGGAAAUGCCAUAUACAGCCCCCUGCAACAAACUGUUGUGGCCAUGGCUGAGGCUGCAUUCAAUGCUAUCAACCUUGAAUUUCAUGACGGGGCUCACCCUCGCUUAGGAGCAGUUGAUGACAUUGUUUUCCAUCCACUUGCUUGUGCAUCAUUGGACGAUGCAGCGUGGUUGGCGAAAUCUGUGGCAGCGGAUAUUGGCAACCAAUUCAAUGUACCUGUAUUUCUUUAUGCUGCUGCACACCCAACAGGGAAACAACUCGAUGCAAUAAGGCGAGAACUCGGAUAUUACCGGCCUAAUUCCAUUGGAAACCAAUGGGCAGGGUGGACUAUGCCUGAUAUUCUACCUCAAACACCAGAUGAAGGGCCUAUUGUUGUUACAAGAUCAAGAGGCAUUUCAAUGAUUGGUGCACAAUCUUGGGUCACGCUCUACAACAUACCACUAUUGUCGACCGAUGUAUCAGCAGCAAGAAGGAUUGCAAGGAAGGUUAGUGCUCGUGGUGGAGGGCUUCCUACGGUGCAGACACUCGGGAUUGUUUGUGAGGAUUCGACUGAAAUAGCUUGCAUGUUGUUGGAGCCUAAUCGGAUUGGAGCUGAUAGGGUGCAGAAUUUGGUUGAGAUAUUGGCAGCACAAGAAGGAUUAGAUGUAGAAAAAGGAUACUAUACUGACUUAUCUCCGGAAAUGAUAGUAGAACAGUACAUGAACCUGAUCUCUGCUAAAAAAUCAUCACCAUAACAGCGAAGGUAUCAUUGAAGUAACUUGUAUUUUGUUGGAUCCAAAGAAUGUUGGUGGUGAAAGAGUACAACAAGAAUUUGAGAACCUUGCAAGGGAAGAAAGUAUUUCUAUGGAGAAGGGGAUACUACACAGAUUUUUCACAGGAAGAAAUUGUUAAAAGUUACAUAAACUGCUUGAAGAGAGAAUUUGAUGUGGAAAAAUUACUUUUUGCCAUCCGGUGAAUUUUCAUUCCAAUGUCAAAUUGGCCUUAAUUUAUAUACACCGUCAGUAUAACUUUUUACAUUCGCAAUCGUUCAUCAUGUUUGAUCAUCAAGAAUAUUUGACUUCUAUGCUAAUUAUUUCUAAAAGGAAAAUGUUAAACAGUGUCCCUGGGGCAUUGAUUAAGCAUGUUAAAAUAGAAAUUCUGUCUCAAAAUGCGUGCAUUCAAUGCCUCAAAAGUACAAAAAGUUGUCUUUUCAAUAUAAAUUUUAUUUUUUGUUUCCUUUUUAGGUAUGCUUAACAAGUGCCCCGGGGACACUGUUUAGCAUGACCCUUUCUAAAAUCAUAUACAUGAUUGGUUGUAAUGUUCCGACGGUGUAGAUGUCACAACCAUUGAUAUAUU